UCAUUCCCCGCAUCCAAUACGAAGAUGAGGCUAUUUAACUGAGCCGGACACAGAAAUGUGUAUAGGGACCCAUCCGUACAACUUUUAUCAGCAACUUUAUCAGCUAUCAUGGCUCCUACAUUCCGUGCAGAACAAAUCGGCUCGCUGAUGCGGCCCGAGGAGCUAUUAGCUGCUCGCAAUGCCGCCGGAUUGGCGCACAUCUACACCCGAACCAACGUGCCGGAGGGUGUGCAGCAAGUGACAAAACAGGCGAUUGCCAAGGUGGUGGAGCAGCAGCAGGCGCACAAGGUGCGCCCAAUCAUGACCGGAGAGUUUGAACGGCCCAUCUUCUACGCCGGGUUCUUCGAGAAUCUGGAGGGGCUUGAAAUGACCAAGGUCCCCAUUCCGGACGGUUACCGCACGGGGCUCCCGACCGUGCAGACGCUCGAGAAGCUGGGCAUCAAGGAACGGGAUGCCUGCAUCGCUGUGGGCAAGAUUCAGCACGUGCGCAGCCCGUACCUGGCCGACUGGGAGUACCUACGGAGCCUGGUGCCGCAGGAACAGUGGAAGGAGUGCAAGAUGAGCAUGCCAUCUAUUACCUGGCAGCACCAGCAUUUGCGUGCAGGGACCGCGUUCACGGCCUCCAGCCCGUACACUACCGACAAAGAGUACUUUGCGGACCUUGCAAAGGCGUUUGCACGGGAGUACCAGAUCCUUUACGAUGCGGGACUACGCUCCAUCCAGGUGGACGAUCCCGCCAUGACCUUCUUUGUGACGGACGAAAUGCGAUCGGGGUGUGUGGCAGAUGGGAUUGACCCGGAUGAACUGUUGGACCUGUAUAUCUGGGCGCACAACGAAAGUCUCCGGGACCGACCUGCAGAUCUUCAUGUCGGAGUUCACCUCUGCCGGGGCAAUAUGCCCGGGUCGACGCACGUGCUUAGUGGGUCGUAUGAGCGGAUUGCGCAACGCAUGUUCACGGGACUCAACUAUGACACGUUCUACCUGGAAUAUGACACGGAACGAGCGGGGGACUUCCAGCCGCUGCGACACCUGCCAGUGGGCAAGAACGUGGUACUGGGAGUGGUAUCGACGAAAGCCCCGGAAUUGGAGACAGUGGAGGAGCUGCAGGUGCGGGUAUAUGAAGCGGCGGAUGUGAUUGCGCAGGGGCAAGGCCGGAGUCGGCAAGAGGUGCUCGAUAGCUCGCUUGGAGUGAGUCCGCAGUGUGGUUUCUCCAGUGUGAGCUAUGGUCGGGGAAUUGGAAUGACGGAGACGCGCAUGUGGGAGAAGCUGCAGUUGGUGCAAAAAGUAGCCGAGCGGGUGUGGCAGUAAGCUGCAGUAAGCUGCAGGGGGGAUGGCCAGGGAUGGUAUGUGUGUAUACAUUCGUCACUACUAUAUUCAAGCGUACCGGAUAUACUAUGUAGUGUUGAAGGAAUGCAUGGCUGUCAGGCACAGCAGAUUGCAUGAUCCACCACUGCUGUCAAGUAGCACGGCAUGUUGGCCUGCACGUGGCUGAAUUGUUGGGUUCCGGACAUCCGCGAUGAUCCUUAACCAAUUUAUUCUGUGCAUAAAUGCGGGUAGAUGAACACCCGCACGGCAACUCUCUUCCAGCCGAGCU